AUGGUAAAGUCAAGAUUAAGAGCAAACCUGGAAGAUGGACUUAGAAACUACAAAUCAGUGUCUGAGAAACCUGUUUUAGCCAAUAUAGUUUCAUCAAAGAACUCAAUCAGGUUCAUCUCUCCGGGAGGACGCUUGGCACCCCACAGGACCCACCCGAGGCGCAUAAUCUACACUCUAGCUCACUUCAUUGGACCCAGACGUUCGCGGCUUGCCCAGAGCGAGCUGCGUGGGGAACUGUGGCCGGAUCCUAGGGAGCAAGCUGGCUCCGGUCCCUACCCAGCUCUACCUGGCUGUCGUCUGCCCGUCUUCUCUCCCACCCAGGAGUUGGAGGAUGAUCCUGGGGCGCUCCCGUGGGGCUGCUGGUCCCCCGUGUGUUCAGCCGGAUCCUCUCUGUUGUGUGAGUCCAGCGCGCACCCAGUUUGGAGGCAGCCGCCCACGCCGCUGACAGGUGCUGCCCGUAGGGCGCCGGGUGCGGUCCCUGGCGCAGCUGGGCGUGCACGCCCGGCUGCGCAUAGCUUCCGAGCCCGAAUCAGCGAGGAGAGGGAGGCAGGGCGCGGCCUGGGAGAGUACAGUGGACUGCAGCCGCCGAGCUCGGAGCUCGAAACUUUGCAGGCACAGCGGCCAGGAUUUGGUGACAGCGCUAGCCCACCCCGGCAGGUGCAGGAGGAAGAGGCGGCGCCGGAGUACCGCGGCCCGAGAGCCGCGGCGGCGGCCUCUUUCCCCGGCGCUGGCCUGAAGCCACUGGGCGCUCCGGGCUUCUGCUGCUGCGCCCGCCGCCGCCGCCGCCACCACCACGCCCAACCUGUGCUGCUCCUCGCCGGAGCCUUUGGAGCCAGGGGGUACCAGCAGAGUGGAGCAGGGGUCAACGCUGCGCCGCCGGAUCCGUGAGCAUUUGCUCCCCAUAGGAAAGGGGCUGGCGGCAGCAGGCGGAGUGACGCCUCCUGGCGGACACUCACCAGACUCGGCUCCCUCUUCGUCCUCGGCCUCAUCCUCCCUAUCCUCCUCGCCCCAGCCACCCCCGAGGAGGGACCGUGCCCGGGAUGAGGGUGCACAGCGACGGGGCCCCGCGGCGCACUUGUGCCAUCAGAAGAGUUCCUCCCUGCCCGGCACCGCCUGCUUGGAGCAGCUGCUGGAGCCACUGCUGCCUCCCGCGGAGCCAGCGCGGAGCCCCGCAGAGCCGCGGAGCCCGGAGAAGGGCGCGGAGCACAGCUGCAGCCCG